GACCGAAAUCCUUGGGAAAACCAUAGAGAUGUGCUUGCUUACUCUUUGAUCGACAAAAACUUGAUCCCGCACAAUCUGGCCCUCAAUCCUAAGUAUUAGUCAAUGGUUCACGGAUCGCAGAUCAUGAAAAAGCGCUCACGCGAUGCUGGGUGGAUGCUCUUUAAGAGCUUUCACUUGUCUACUAUUGAUUUUUUGCGUCCCCAAUUCCCAGGGAAGAUCCUUCAGCUCGGGUGAUGGGUCGACUGGGCCUGAACUACGACCGAGCAACACGCUCAAUCCCAGAAGACUAGAUGAACACAUUUGCAUGCCAUUGCUCAAGCCGCACAUAUCAAAGGUGGCGCUGAUGUUUCUGGUCCGUGGCGAUCUUCCUCACGAGGAAGUUUGGACCGAAUGGAUAGGAAGUCUCGCAGGCCUCGUGCCUUACAGCGUUCUGUGUGACAGCAGAGUUGAGAGGUGUUACAGAGACAUGCUAGAGCGUAGCUCGCCCCCAAAGAGCGUGUAUGAUAAGCAGACAUACUUCAGCAUUGUUGUGCACACGAAACCGCAUUUUGAAGGCUACGAAAGUGGAAGCAUCUUCGAUGGAAGGAUCGUUGAUGACAGGAUCGAGACAAUGUGGGGAGGGCAUUCGCUGGUCAAAGCCGAGCGCCUGCUGAUGAGGGCAGCUCUGCAGGACCCCUACAACCAGCGUUUCCAGCUAGUGUGUGAAUACAGCAUCCCUGUGCGGCCGGCUCUCUUCACCCACCAGCAGCUGCUCGCGCAGAACAUGAGCCGCGUUGGAGAACCCAAUGAGAAGUGGGAGACUGUGGAGAAGGCGGCCUUCAAGUGGCCGCUAUCAAUGCAUGAGGAGUGGCCGGAGCUGCGCCAUCACACCAAAUCCCACAGCCAGUGGGUGACGCUCAUCCGGGAGCAUGCGCAGUUAGUCGUCGAUGACACAUUUGUGAGCGAUCUCUACGAGAAGCACUGCUUUCAGGACGAGUACCUUGAAAGGCGCAGGACAUGGUGCAUACCGGACGAGCAGUAUUUUGGGACGCUGCUGAGCUGGAAGCUGGAGGAUGACCUGGCGUGGCAGUACACGAAUGACCUGGCGAUGGCGCCUGUCCACGACGGUGAUGGGGUCCCCCCGGAUCAGAUCAACACAGAAUUACUUAUCCAGAUCCGGGGAUCCACGCAGGACACCUCCCGGGUACCUCAGUACCACAUCCGCCACGGCGAGUGCCAUGCCGUGGAGAGGCCUGUUUUUCAAGCUGCGCUGCUUGAGCUGCCACGAGGGGAAAUAGAGGCGCAGUGUAGAGAAGAUGCCGCAUUGCGCGAACCCCCGGCUUACACAGACUCGCCGCUGUACCGCAACUGCGCCUUCUUUUCGCGCAAAUUCAAGCAGAACACUGCACCCGUAGUGAAAAAGCUGCUGCAAUCGCUGGUCAUCAUUUGAUGCGCACGCGCUGAUGUUCGGACUUUUAGAUGUAGCUGGGUUUGUUGGCAUCUCAUGCCAGGGUCUAUGUGACACAGAAGUAUUGUUCCGCCUUCAUAAAAAAUUCAUAGGGAUACGCAUGCAGUGCACAUUGCAUUUUGGCAGUUUAAUGGCCCGCCAAUGCUCGCACAAGACUCUGUGUUUGUUAGCCCUUAUAUCUGUUGUUGUUGAAGAGAAUAUGGGAUGUAGCUCUCAGCCGUACAUUUGUUGGUGUUGGUGUGUGACACGGGGACUUCCUCGUAUUUCCUUUAUGAUUGCGCUCAGUGCAGGAAAGGAAAUGUGCACUGUGCAUCCUGCAUCUAUUCAUGGAGGAUAGGAGGAUGAAUUGGAGAUCAAAGGAGCACAGAGUGAGCAGGAUUGCCCAGAGCGCAAGAAGUGAAGUAUGGGUUUUCUUUUCCACAUUGUUUGGGUUCCAUGGUGCUGCAAGCAAGCAUUAGUCUCAGGGCUCAGAACAGAGCUUCAUUAGAGGCGUAGGAUUACAUGUUGUGGAAACCAUUCCUCGACAGGUGUGUCUGAGUUGAGAUGGCUUUUGAGUUCAAGCUGGCUCUGAUGCGGCUUUGAUCAAACGCAUUUGCAGGUGGCAAAAUGAGUAUUCUGAUAAGCAGGAACUGGGGUCAAAUGACAGAUAUGAUAUCUUGUCAAUGUUAGAAAUGCGCAAUCAUGACGGCAACUAUGUGCCGCAGAGGCCCUCAAAUACAUGUGCCACGUUCUUGAUUUGUGCCCAUCAGUACAUUAUAACAUGAUUAUGCAGACUCGGCGAGCUCUGCUUGAGCUAUUGGUGAUGCCUGCAGAUGAAUUGUAAUAGCUGGGUCCAUGCAA